GAAAGCUCUCAACAAACAACGAUCACAUUAUUGUGUUUUAUUUCUGAUUUAUUACAAAAGAAUCAAUGUGAGCGAUGUUUACAGACAUAAAUAACGCUCUGAAUAUUAACACUGACUUCUUAAGUAAUCCAUGUCUGAUAGGAAUUGGUGAAAAUGGGGCUGAUUGCUCAUUUUUGAUACAUCACUUCAUUUCUCUUUAUCUCAAGAAUGGUGUUACAGUUGUUUUGAUCAGUUUCAAACAAGCUUUGAACCAUUUCAACGGGGUUGGAGCUAAGAUCGGGUGCAAUUUAUUGAAAUUUAAAGAACAAAAUAGGUUUGGCUAUGUUGAUGGUCUUCGAAAUCUCUCUCAGUGUGUUAAUAAUGGGAUCGGAAAUGCAGCAUAUUCAUGGACAAACUGUGUUAAUGAUGUUGGGCACAUUGAUAGUAUGGCACUCAUGAAAGAAAUUAUAUUUCACAUGUCAAGUAUUACAGAGAAGAUGCAGGAACCUGGAGCAAUGACAUUGAUAAUAGACAAUAUAACACCUUUGCUUGAUGUUGGGAUGACACCAACAGAAGUAACCAAACUUAUUCAAUAUUUAAAAGCCCAUAUUGAAAAUGAUAUAAGAGGCAACUUUGUUGUUGGAUGCUACUCAGACAAGAUUGAUGAGGAGGGAAGUACUUUAUCAAAAUACAUCCACCAUUCAGCAGAUUUAUUUCUGGAAGUUAAAGGUCUUGAAACUGGAUACUGCAAAGAUGUCCAUGGCCAGUUGCUGGCUCACUGGCCUCAGGGUUACCUGCGGGAGAAGGCCGUGACUAAGUCCUGGCAGUACAAGCUCACAGACAAAACCUGCGCUCUGUUUGCAGCUGGCAUGUCCUCUGCUGUCCUUUGAUUCAUUUGGAGGUCUGCUGUCCUCUGAUUUAUUUGCAUGUACGUAAAGUACACAAGAUAAAAGGAAAUAAAGUAACAUCUGCUUGAGUCACAUUCUGUUUCAACUUUGUGAAUGAUAAAUGUCAGUGUUGUAUGUAAAAUCCAAUGGUUUAAUGAUACAUCCAUUCUUCAAAGAUGAACUUGUAUCUCUUUCUGUGACCAUAAUCAUGAUGACCAUGUUCAGAGUUCUGCUUAUGGUAUUCAGAAUCAACUUCUGUAAUAAAGUACAUAUUGAAAUCUGGGACCAAUAAUACAUGUAAUCCUACUCCCAGUUCAGCGCCGUAGCCUCACUGAGGCACACCCUCGAUUAAAAUUAAGAGAGCAAAUAAAUAAAAAUAAAUAAUACAAUGAAAACUAAUAAGAUCGACCUCUGAAUUCGUGAAACGACUACAAUUUUACAUUUAAUUAUGAAAAAUGCCGUAGCAGCAGACACUGAGCCAAACCAAGGCACCUUCUUUGCUGUCAUUUAGCACUGCUGGGACUCUGUACAAUAUAUCAAACCCUACAGCAAUGCCUGUUUAAAAACAUAAACUCUUUCUCCCAGUUUAUCCGUUAGUUUUUCAAAGUAGGCCUUGAGUGUAAUGCUUAUUGUGGUAUUUUUUAGUAAAAUGUCUUCUAUCGAACGAUGUUCAUUAAAUGCACCUGAACAAGUUCAAGCCCACAUGUAGUGUCUUUAGACUAAAUGAAAGCUUUUGAUUAUAAAGUUUUAAAAAGUUUCACCUUAAAAACGAUUAUCUUUAUAUCAAAUAAGUAGGUACAUGUGAGUAGGUGCCUUCAUAGGUGCAUCUAAUGAUUUUUGGAAGUACAAAGCGUGUCAAUACUAAUACCUAUGCACAGAGAGAUAGUACUCGCACCGUUCGUCCAUCCCUUAACACCGUGUUUCACAUGUUAGGUCAUGCUUCACAAAAGUGUAGAGCAGCUUGUGAUGGUAUCGCCCAUAGCAUGCAUGUUGUAACCACCAGCCCAGGUCAAAGAUACGGGAGCAGGACUUUUCAACCCCAAGACUUUUCAACCCCUUCUGAAAACGAAGACUUUUCAACCCUUAGACUUUUCAACCCCUAUUUAAAAAUAAUAAUAAUAAAUAUAUCGUCGUUAAUUUCGUU